AUGGCUAUCGCGAAUGACAUAGAGCUACCUUCACCUGAGAUUAUGCUGGCAUUCUAUCGCAGAUUAUACCCGUUCAAGUCUAUUUUCGGCUGGCUGAAUCACGAACAUGCCCCGACACGGCUCUUCACCCACCGAGAGUUCUCGUUUACGCUACAAGGAGACGUGUAUCUACGUUACAACUCUUUUACGACGGCGGAGGACUUGAAGAAGCAGGUGUGCACGUUGAACCCGACGAGGUUCGAGAUAGGGCCAGUGUACAGUGCGCGGCCCCGGGACAAGAAGACCGUUCGGCCAGGCGCCUUCACACCUGUCUUGCGGGAGCUCGUGUUCGAUAUCGACAUGACCGACUAUGACGGUGUCCGCACCUGCUGUUCCGGCGCGGACAUCUGCAAGCGCUGCUGGAUGUUUAUUGCUGCCGCGAUGCGCGUGCUAGACAGCGCGAUACGCGACCAGUUCGGUUAUAAGCAUCUGUUGUGGGUGUACUCGGGUCGGCGCGGGAUCCAUCUGUGGAUAUCUGACAGGGAGGCGAUGGAACUCACGGAUGAGGAGCGCCGCUCGCUCGUCAACUGGCUCACGGUUAUACAGGGCGGGAAGGACAUGAGCAAGAAGGUCAAUGUGCGCAUGGGCUCGCGCUCGCUCCCGCCGUCGCUUCAGUCAGCCCUAGGUCUGCUUGCCCCGGUCUUCAGCGACCUCAUCCUUGGCGACCAAGACUGCUUCGCAUCGGAAGAGGGUUGGCAGGAGUUGCUGAAGCUCAUUCCUGAUGGGACAAUUGUCGAGGAACUGCGAAGUGCUUGGGAAAAGAAGCCGAGGUCCUCCGACGACAAAUGGGACGAUCUGAGUAAGAAAGUGAAGAAGAGUCCCAAGUUUAACAUCCUAAUGGCAGCGAGGGAGGACAUCAUUCUGCAGUACACGUACCCCCGCCUCGAUGCGGAGGUGUCGAAGCACAGAAAUCACUUAUUGAAGGCGCCCUUCUGUGUACAUCCGAAGACGGGGCGCGUGUGCGUCCCCGUUGAUCCUGAUUCUAUCUAUAGCUUCCAGCCGGAACGAGUUCCCACUGUAGGCCAACUUCUGCGGGAGCUCGAUGAGCUAGCACCGAACGCAGCCGGCGACGGAGCAGAGCGUCAUGCGGAUUGGGAGAAGACUUCGCUCAAACCCUAUGUCGAUAUGCUGGACAGGCAUGUGAUGGCGCUCAUGGAGGACGUCCGGUGGCGGAAGCGGGGCACUGACAUAUCGUGGUAA